GGAACAUUCUUUUAUGGUCCGGAAAAGCAACGUAAACCUUUUCAGAAUUUAUAUCAGAAAAGAUGGCGACCCCCAAAUCAAAGAAUGUGCGAGAAAACGAACAAAAGCUGCUGGAUGCCAUUGUAAAUGGCAAUGUUGAUGAAGUCAGGACACUUUUGAAAGAUCCAGAUGUUCGAGUGGACUUUACAGACGAGACUGGGAUGACCCCACUACAACAUGCAGCCUUCAGGGGACGUAAGGAAAUGGUGGAACUCUUCUUAGCUAAUGGAGCAAACGUUAACUCAGAUAAACAUGAAAACUCCUACUCAACUUUGAUGUUUGCGGCUUUAUCAGGAAACGCUGAAGUGACUCGACUCAUUCUAGAAGCUGGUGCAAAAGUUGAUCAUGUUAACUCUGUUGGUCGCACUGCGGCACAGAUGGCAGCUUUUGUUGGUCAGCAUCAGUGUGUAUCAGUCAUCAAUAACUUUUUCCCAAAGGAACAACUCUUGUAUUUCACCAAACCACAAGGUUUGGAGAAAGAACCCAAACUUCCCCCUGAGUUGGCCCCAGCUCUCUGUAAAAUGAUAAACAUGCCAGAUCUUCACCCAGUCAAGUUAUGUAUGUAUCUUCAAGACCAUCCUGGACUUCUUGAUGCCUAUCAAGGAAUUGUCAGAGUAUUUGAAAUUUUAUGUGAACGGAGCAUGAAAGCUAGAGACACCAAUGAUAUCUUUGCCAUGAAGACUCAUUAUUAUUCAGUGCUUUUUAAAACAGCCGGGAAAAUGUACAAAGAGAAAGGAAAUAUUGACAGUUUCAUCAAAUCGUUAAUAAGAGGAAGAGAAAGCGAUGGUUUUCCAGAAUAUCAGGAGAAAUUUCUGCGACAAGUCUUACGGGAGUUUCCUUAUGCAGAGUCUGAGCUUCUACAGCAAAUGGUUCGGAAUUUAGCCAACACACAAAUUGGAGAUCACCCUACAGCGUUGUACGUUUUGUGUCAGGGGAUUAAUGGACAAAAGUUUAUGGAUCAGGAUGAUGUUUGUAGUACGUGUGGCAGCCUCAGAGCUGAGAAAAAGUGCUCAGCCUGUAAAAUGGUAUGUUACUGCAAUCAACAAUGCCAAAAGUUACAUUGGAGCACACAUAAAAAGUUCUGCAAGAAGUUAGCAGAGGAGUACAAAAAGUUAGAGGAAAAGAAAAAAGAUGAAGAGAAGGAAAAAGAAAGACAGGAACAGAUACUGAAGGAACAACGACAGAAAACAGAAAGUCAACAAGGAGAACAGGACAAAGCUAUAACAGAGAAUGGAGUAGACAAAAGUUCUGAGGUGACAGAGGACAACACGGCCAGAACUGCAGAACCAUAGACUGUCUCAUCUCCUAGUCACACAUUCCAUCCAGAGUCAUUGUUUUCUAUGUUUAGUCUGUUUAUGUUGUGUUUGUUAUUGAUAGACGCAAAAGCAUAAUUUAAACUGAGAUAGCAAAUAUUAUAAUACUGCAGAAAUUGUGAUAUGACUUGUUCAUACCAAAUUUUGUUCUCUCAUUCAUUUUUAAAGUUUAUAUUCAUAUUUUUUGGUGCUAGAUAGAUCUUAUUUGUUUUCUUCUCUGUUGUUUAUGUUAUUGAUUUUUAUUGAAGUUAGGAAGAAAAAUAUCAUUUAGGUCUUUUCUUUAUAUGGGCAUUAGUCUUAUAACAUCUAUUGUAUAUUCCAUAUACAUGUAUAAUAAUGUUAAAGACAAAUUGAUAGCAUUACUUUCUUGUACAGAAAGAUGGAUUUUUUAAUGAUAAAUGAAGGAUCAUGUUUAUUUGUAUACCACAGCCAAAAAGUUUUAUUUGGAAGCCUCCUUUGAUUUCAGUCACUUCCAAAUUUUCUUUCCUGAUAUACAUGUACAUCUGUAUUUUUAGAAAAUGUCAAAGUCACAGAAAUGAUACAUUAUUUAACUUUUCAAUGAAGAGGAAAUGUUAGGUCUUAUUUUACUCAAGCAGUUAGACCUGAUACAUUGUAUUGCUUUUGUAUCAUUUAAAUGAGAAUAUAUUACUUACCCAGUGUCACACAAAUGUAAGGGAAGCUUUGUUCGGAGUGACACUUUAUCAGAACUCUGAUGAAGGUUCAAGAGUGAUAUUCACAUGAAUUUUUUUCAGAGAAUAUUCAUUACUUGUAAACUUUUAAAUGCUUUACACCUAAUAUGUACUGUACGUACACACAUGAUUAUAGAAUAAUAUAGAAGAAUAGAAGACAGUUUAUUGUUUUUGGGCCGUAAUUGAAGAUUAAAGGGCAUAAUUUUUGGUCUAUCUCCUUUCUUUAGGUACCACCAUUUUUGACCUCAUGACCUUGAACUAAAUUGAUAAAAUACUAAUUGCCAAUCAAGGAUGUCGUUUUGUUCAUAUUUGUUCAAUGUUUAGUGUAUGUGAAUGUGUAAUUUUUCCAAAAAAAAAAUGCAAUAAAGUGAUUGUUUUAAA